AUGGUGAUUUGGGAGGAUGCCCACCAUCAGGACCAGCAAACAUCAGACUUGCGCAUCGACCUAUCCGUGGAUACCGCAAAGCGAGAAGCUGUUUUUGCCCUCCAUGGCUUCUUCUAUUCCAAAGGCGGCGGUCACAAAGCCUAUCUUUCUCUACUUGUUUAUCCGGAAAAGGUUGAGUCGCUUGAAUUCGAACGCGCCCGUUUUGUGCCCGAAUCUAUAAUGAACAACAUUCCCGAUGACAGCACUGUUUCUCUGCGUUUCACCAUGACACAACCGCCAAACCUCAUGAUACCAAAGGAUCGGCGUGUUGAGUCGAAGCCGCGGUACCAAGCUGUUGUUGAUACUAUCGCGUCUUUGGGCUCGGUUAAUCGAUUCACCAUUUACCUAAGUGACCUUUCACCGGAGAUCCAACAGGAACUGGCUUUGCUGCCCUCCGUCUUCUCGUCUGUCCGUCCAUUCGGCCGGCUACAGGCGGACGAGAAGUGGGCGCCCCCUAGCUCAUUGUAUCAGUACACAUUUGCUCAGGUCAUUGACUUGACCAGUGCUGCCCCUGUCUCUAACGGUGAUUCCACCAAGGAAUUCGAGGAGUUGGGAAAUCCAGUUGAGGAAGGAGCCGCCAUACCCCCGCCAUACUCACCAGGGGACUCCCAGCGUUCGGGACAAAGCAUUGGUCCCUCAAGUAGGAAGCGAAGGGCCAGCGAACCCUUGCUUGCUCACAGCACGGAAAAGCACGGAGCUUCAGACUCCAGUGUACUGGGAUACGGAACACCAGGAAAAGAGCCUCAACCGCCGUACACCAGGAGUGGCAACCCCGCAAGUCCUGCACACUUCUCAACCCCAUCUGACCGUAAACGUCAACGUACCGCAGAACUUCUUUCCCCCGUAACCAACGCCGAUAUCGUUUCAGCAUUGCGCCAAGUUCUCACGUACAACACCUCCCUCUCCAACCGUAUUUCACAGCUCGAAACCCGCCUCGAUCACUGCUCCUCUCGACUCGACUCGUUAAUAACCGAGUUCGUUGCCGCCACCGAUCGCACCCGGACUCCCUGCCGUUAUGACACUGAAGAAGCAGAGCACGUUUUCAGUCAGAUCGACCAGCGCAUCGAAGACGGCAUUCAUGACAUACGCCACGAGCUCGAAGACACGAUCAAGGUCGAGGCGGAGGAGCGGGUCACUGAAGAAGUGAGGUUGCAACAUGAGGAACUUCGCGACAAAGUGGAAGCGGACUGGACCGAGGACGUGAGGAAGGGGAUUGCUGAGCAAAUUGCCUCAGAGGUAGAGGAGAAGACGACGCGCGAGGUGCUGAAGGGGAUUGCGGAGGUUUUGAUGGGCGCUUAUCAGGCCAGUCAGGACGGAAUAUCCAGCUUGUUCCCAGGCAACAACAGAUUCGGUGCGACUGCAGCUCUACCUGGCGAAGCGGCCCUCCGUGCGGCGGUGGAGGAUAUUCAGAGCAAGUAUACGGAUGAGUUGACGGGAGAGGAAAUGAUUGGGGUGUUGGAUCUCCUUGAGGAAAACCCGCUAAGUGCGGUCAAGUACAAUGCGUGUGGUGAGGAGACGAGAAGGGUGUAUGUGAUGAAGUGGAAGGCGGACGUCUCAGGACGGGGUAUAUUCAAAUCGACAUGGUAUAAGCGAUAA